ACGCCAAAAUAUGAUUUGAUAAUUUGAAGUUUGAACUUAUUUUUAAUUAAAAUUAUUUAAAGUCUGAUUGAUAUAAUUAAUUAUAUUAAUAUUGCAACUGUAAUUCUUACUUGAAAAAUGUUUAAAAAAGUAGCUAUAGGUAUAUCAGGAGGUGUAGAUAGUGCAGUUGCUGCCCUACUACUGAAGAGAGCGAAUUAUCAAGUUGAAGGGGUAUUUAUGCGAAAUUGGGACGGAAACUACGAAUUUGGUUUUUGUUCUGAUGAAAAAGAUUAUGAAGAUGCUUCAAUUGUUUGUCGUAAGCUUGAUAUUCCAUUGCAUAGGGUACACUUUAUUAAGGAAUAUUGGAAUGAAGUCUUCACUGUCUUACUUAAAGAAUAUGAAACAGGACUCACGCCAAACCCUGACAUACUGUGCAAUAGAUACAUUAAAUUUGAUAGUUUUUUUGAACAUUGCAGGAUCAAUUUAGAAGUUGACGCUAUAGCAACUGGUCACUAUGCAAACACAUCUUUUGGUCCUUUUUUACAAAACUAUAAAGAAGAUAAAGGUGUUAAAUUGUUACAACCAGCCGACAAAUACAAAGAUCAAACUUUCUUUUUAUCUCAAGUGAAACAAUUUUCACUUAGAAAAUGUAUGUUUCCUAUAGCAAAUUUAUUAAAAAGUGAAGUAAGGGAAGUGGCUAGAAAAGAAGGACUGCUACAAGUAGCCAAUAAGAAAGAUAGCACUGGUAUCUGUUUUGUUGGGAAAAGAAGAUUUAAAGAUUUUAUUGAUGAUUUUAUUCCUGUGAAACCAGGUUUUUUCAUUGAUAUUGACACUGGUCAGAAAGUUGGAGACCAUACUGGUAUUCAUAAAUGGACUGUUGGUCAAAGGUGUUGUUUAAGUAAUUUCAAACUUCCCUAUUUUGUCUUUAAUAAAGACCUGGCUACAAACAACAUUUAUGUGGUUGCAGGCACUGAUCAUCCAGCUUUAUGGAAUAAUGUCUGCUUUACACAGAAACCUCAUUGGAUAAAUGAAGAACCAUUUGAACUGAGACAAAAUCAUGUUUUAUAUUGCUCAUUUAGAUUUCAACACACAAAGUCACUUGUUCCCUGUAAAGUUAUCAAUAAUCCUGAAGGCUUAACUGUUUUUUUGCUAAAUAAAUUAAGGGCAUUGACUGAGGGUCAGUUUGGUGUAUUUUACAGAAAUGAAGAAUGUCUAGGUAGUGCAAAAAUUAAAAAUGUCUGUCAUAACUUAGUGUACUAGUCAAUUUAUUAAUGAAGUUUAGUUGUAAUAUAUUAUUAAAUAAAGAUGUCUUAGUUUUGAA